AUGGCUUUGAAAGGUGCAGCUAUCAUUCUUGUCUUCGUUUGUGGUGCAAUUCUUUUGGGAGGUAAUAUGGAUAUUGUUGAUGCAGAAGGAAAAUUUUGCCCAGAGGUGUGCUAUUUUCCAGAAUAUAUGCUAUGCCCACCAAGUAGAACACCCCUCAAACCACCAUGCAACUGUUGCUUUGCACCAAGUGGCUGCUCACUUUACAGAAUCGAUGGAAGUUUAAUUUGUAGAGCUGAAUAG